CGUAGAGUGGUCUGCUGUGAUAGUGGAUGAAGCACAUAGAAUCAAGAAUCCAAAGGCUCAGAUAACUCAAACCAUGAAGUCAUUAAAAUGCAGCGUUCGCAUAGGUCUUACUGGGACCAUUCUUCAAAACAACAUGAAAGAACUUUGGUGUGUUAUGGACUGGGCUGUACCAGGACUUUUGGGUAGCAGACUACAUUUCAAGAAGAAAUUUUCUGAUCCAGUGGAGCAUGGCCAGAGACACACUGCAACUAAAAGAGAGCUAGCAACAGGUCGUAAGGCUAUGGUGAAGCUAGCAAGAAAAAUGUCUGGCUGGUUUCUGAGACGUACCAAAGCACUUAUCAGUGAUCAGUUGCCAAAAAAGGAGGACAGAAUGGUAUACUGUUCCCUGACCGAAUUCCAGAAAGCCGUGUACCAGGCUGUGCUAGAAACAGAGGACGUAAGCUUAGUAUUGCGAGCAGGAGAGCCCUGUAGCUGCAGCAGCGGCCGUAAAAGGAAGAACUGUUGUUUCAAAGUAAAUGCUCACGGUGAAACAAUUAAGUCACUGCGCUUCAGUUACCUGACAAUCCUACAGAAAGUUGCAAACCAUGCUGCACUGCUGCAGACGGAUUCCACUAGCAAGCAGCAGGAAGCACAUAUCAAACGGGUGUGCAGCCAGGUGUUUUCCAGUUUUCCAGAUUUUGUGCAGUUAAGCAAAGAUGCAGCCUUUGAAACAAUUUCAGAUCCAAAGUACAGUGGAAAAAUGAAGGUAAACCUGUUCUUUAGAGGAGAAAUAAGUAUUAGUAUUAUAAAACCUCUUCAUUUUUGUUCUGUGGUUCAUUUACAGGUCCUUCAGCAGCUUUUAAAUCAUUUCAGAAAAAACAAGGAUAAAGUUCUUCUUUUCUCCUUUUCCACAAAGUUGCUAGAUGUGCUGGAACAAUACUGUAUGGCAUCUGGGCUAGAUUACCGAAGACUUGAUGGAAAUACAAAAUCAGAAGAUAGGAUCAGAAUUGUAAGAGAGUUCAACAGCAUUCAAGAAAUUAACAUAUGUCUUGUAUCUACAAUGGCUGGUGGACUGGGUCUUAAUUUUGUUGGUGCCAAUGUUGUUAUACUGUUUGAUCCUACAUGGAACCCAGCAAAUGAUCUUCAAGCUGUUGACAGAGCUUAUAGGAUUGGCCAAUACAAAGAUGUUAAAGUGUUUAGAUUGAUAUCCUUGGGAACUGUGGAGGAGAUGAUGUACUUGCGACAAGUGUAUAAACAGCAACUUCACUGUGCAGUAGUUGGAAGUGAAAAUGCCAAGCGGUAUUUUGAGGCAGUGCAAGGAUCAAAGGAACAUCAAGGAGAGCUUUUUGGGAUCCAUAACCUUUUCAAACUUAGGACUCAUGGGUCCUGUCUUACCAAAGACAUCCUGGAGAGGGAAGGGCGAGUAGAAGCAGGAGUCAUGACAACAACUACAUGGCUAAAGGAAGAGACUCCUCCAUGCAGCUCAGAAAAGUUUGAACAACCAGACUGUAAAGAAGAUGGAGAUACGGAAAGCAUUCAAGCACAGUUAAAGAGGGAAGAAAUGUUUUUUUGUGAUGACUUUAGUGAUGAUGAUAUUCUGGAAACUUCUGUGAAAAAAUGCGGCAGAAGGAAGUCUAGCAGUGAAAGUAAUUUAAUAGUAACAAAGGGACAGCUCUCCUUAAUGCAGUGUGGAUUCUCUAAGUUGUUGCAGAGAGAAAUUACAACUACCAAAGAGGAGUGUAGUAAUUAUAAAUCUCAUCAUUCAAAUUCUGAUUAUGAGACUGUAAGAAAAAAUGUAAAUAGCAAGCAUACUGAUUUUCAGAAAUGUCAAACCCAUGUGCAUGUUGUGGAGCAUGGGAAAGCCACUCCAUCACCAGUUGGAACUGAUAAAGAUGUGCAUAGUACAGACCGGCUUGUUUUGUCAGGCUCUGAGAAGGAAGGGGACAGCGAAAGUGAAGAUCAAUGGAUUUCAAAGGAAAGUGAUGUGGUCAUUGAAACUGAGUGCAGUUCUGAAGAGAAUGAUGAUGUCAUCUUUCCUACCCAAGUUCCAGCAUACCAGCAAUCGGUGCUUACUAAAAAAGUUGAAAUUUACAGGUCAGCGUCUGAAAAUUGUGAGGAGUUAGCAAAAGAAAAAGAUGGAUUGGUAUUAAAGGGAGACAGCAGGCGAUUUGGAUUCCAUACUACUGAGUCAAAUUUUAGCAAAGUCUUAUCUUUUAAAGACACCAAGAACGGCACAAGAGAUUUGAAAGGGGCAAGUGACAUAAGUGAUGAGUCUGAUGAUAUUGAAAUUUCCUGUAAUUCUGAAUCAAGAAAGUUAAGAACUUUAAACUUUCCAAAAUGGAAGGAAAGGCGCACCCAUAACAAUGCACCAGGUAGCUUCUCCAAAUCUCUGCUACAACCAAAAAAGCCCAAUGGAAGAGAAAAGGAAAGUGAUUCUCAGAAUAUAGAUGAAUUUUCAUCCUCUGAAGAUAACUUACCAGUUGAGAAAAUUCACACCAGAAAGAAAAGCUGUAAGUUUAAAAGACAGAGAGGCAGAGUUCAGUUCGAGUCUAAAAUGCUUGAUCCUAUUCAAGAUACCUCUCUUGCACAAGUGAAGUCUGGCAAUUAUACCGUGCGUAGAACUUCUGAAAGUAAAACUGAAUUUCAACAUCAGGAGCAACAAGUGGAAUCAAUGGACAGAUAUUUAGAUGGUGUUCAAGAAGUCGCAUAUAUUCAUUCAAAUCAGAAUGUGGUUGGAUCCAGCAAGGCUGAGAAUCGCUUGAGCCGAUGGGCAGUGCGAGACGUAUUUGAGUUGAAGCAGUUUUCCCAGCUCCCUGCUAAUGUAGCAGUCUGUAGUGCCAAGAAAAAUGAAGAAAACCCAGAAGAAGACACAGCAGAGAAGAACAUUAUUAAGGGAGGGCAAGAAACAUUGGUGAACAGUAAGCAACUUCACCUGUAUGUUAUGCAUCCUGUGACCCAGAAAAGCAAAAAAGUACACAGAGUAGGUUCAACCACCUUUUUGGUUGGAAAGACACCCAAAGGAAUCCGCAGGAGACAAUUUGAGGAAAUGGCAUCCCACUUUAAUAUGGGAUCAGUGGAAGAACUGGCAGAACAUGUUGCAAAAGCUACGUCAGAAACAAGGCAGAAGAUGUUGAAGGAAUUCUAUGUUUUCAGGCAUCCAGAGGUGGAGUCUUUCUUUCCGGUUGAAAUACCAGCACAAGCUUCACAUGACUGUGAGGAAAGAGAAUUGGGUACAACACAUGCCAGAAAAAGAAGAUCCAUUGUUAGUUUUGGAAGAUCGAUGUCUAGAUCUUCAUCAGCUAAAGGUCUACUUCUGAGUGGUACUACAGAAACACAGAGCCAGCAGAGCCAUAAGGUAGAAGCAGAGCAACUUCACAAUGACUCCUACGUGCAAGAUAAGUGUGUUGAUGCAAAAUAUAAACAGUCACCCAGUGUUGCUACUCAACAUAACGAAAGGAGAAACAGUCAGGCAUUCAAGGAUUUUAUGGCAUCUGGCUCAUUAAGCAGUAAAUCAGGAAUAAUUGAGGUGCUGUCUGUGAAAAGUUGUGGAGGACAGCAGGACUCCAAAGGAACACAGCUGCCAAGAAAAAGAUCCCUGUCUCAGUCAGAAAAUAGGGAGAGAAAAGCUCAAACUUGUAAGAAAAAGUCUAUUGUGGACUUACUUGGAGAUACCUCUAUUCUUGGUGACCUCUUCAGAAAUGAUGGAAAUGGGCCUACAGAAUCACCAAGGAAAUUUCUUUCAGGGCAGGUAGAAAAAUCAAAGGAGAGACCAAAAGACUUCUGGGACAUGCUGAAUGAGCAGAAUGAGGAGAGUCUCAGAAGGCUCACAGACAUAGCAGCCAUAGAAAAGCUGUGUGAAAAAACACCUGAUCCUUCAGGGACGGAAGGGAGAGAAGUGUGUGAAAGUUCUCUUUGGAAAAAAAAUGAAAACUUUCUAUGGAAAAAAUACAGUCCAGAUGAUUCAGAUGAACCAUCCCCUGCUACAUCUUGUAAUGUAGUAAAAUGA